AUGGCCAUGUCCAAUUCAGAAAUGCCUGCCACCGAGCCAACCUCCGAGGAACUGUCGUCGGCGCCAGAACGCACGGACGAAGGGCAGGUCAGCGCAGAGGACGAGGAGGGGCUCCACAAUACUGUGGAGCAAAAAGAAACCAGGUUUGAAUUUAUGAAUCUCCCGUUCGAAAUCCGGCAGAUGGUAUACCAUCACGUCUUCGCCAAUCGCACCCUCCACGUCCAUUAUCCCAUUAGAAUUAGGACGGGUCCAGGUGAACACUUCCCAAUCGACUGGACAUACUUCAUCUGCAACUGCGACAAUGGAACAGUCACCGGCUCCGAGUUCGCCAUGGGGGAUGCAUGGGCUGGAAAGGUCGCCAACGCCAACGCAACGAGAGAAGAGAGCGCGAAUGCAUGGCGCCAUGCAAUCCCGCCCUGUAAAUACAGGGACAUCAACCACUACAACGUCCCUGAUUAUCCUGGGGCCCGGCACGUCUAUUAUCCCAGAGGAAGGCUGGAAUUGGGUCUGCUCUGCGCGAAUAAGCAGAUAAACGCCGAGGCGCGUCAUAUUCCAUAUACCUCGAAUAUCUUCACCUUUGACGACGUGCGGUCCUUCGCGAGCUUCAUCUCUAGCACGGCUGGUCUAUCGUGGGCUCAGUUGGGUCUGUUACGGAAUAUAUCGAUUUACAUGGAGCCGCGGACCGGGGAAACCAUGAAGUGGAACGAAUGGCUGAUUAUGGGUCCCAAGGGCACAGGGCCGGAUAGACCAGACAUGCGGAAAGUCAGAAUGCCGUAUGGGCUGAAAGCAUUGAAUGGUCUGCGGAAGCUGCAGAUUGUAGUCGAGAAUGUGAAAACAGGAUUCAUCUGCUCCCAUAUGAGACAGCCUUGGACAAAGCUAUUCUUCGUGUAUGGGCUUCUGGCGUUCGCGCGGAUGGGUAUUCAGGAUAUCAGCGUUGAUGUCAGCCUGUGUGCGAAGCGGCCACUCUCUUCGCCCCAUUAUAAUAACCCAGCGGAUUGGUAUAUGGAUACUGAUGAAGAGGUAAAGACAGCUGCGACGGCGUACGCGGAGAUGCUGGAGAAGAGGAUGCGCCGUCCAUGGACUGAAGAGGUUUGCGUGGAAAUAAACAAGCUGCGAAAGAGCUACGAAAGUGCUCAGAGGGAAGCUUGUACUCGCCUCAUGUCGCCGACCUACCCCCUGGGUGACCAGGAGACGUAA